GCAUGAGUUUGUUAUAGGACCUUGAGUUUGUUGUGGUUUUUGGAUGAUAGUUUGGCGAAAUAGCUUUUAGCAUUUUGAUACCUAUGAGUUAGAUUAUUCGGUUCCUGUUAAAAUGAACUCGUCAAUAAAUAUCAAGGAUGAAUCAGAAUAUUACCGUGUGAAAUAUUCAAAACUAAAACGCAAGCUUAAAACAUUGGUGUUUGAAAACGAGUCCUAUCGUGACGAGUUGCAGCGCUGCCAGCGGAAGCUGCUAAAGCUGAACCGCGACAAGAGUUUCCUGCUGGACCGGCUGUUGUUGUACGAGACAGCAGUCAACUCGUCUGACUCGGAGAGCACUGAGGACUCGGACACCGAGCUGGACACCAAGCACGCCCGGAGAAAGAUCGAUACUGGCGCAGAACGUUCCCCGGUGAAACGAAAAAAGCAGAUCAUCAAGAAUAAAAGCCAGGCGUCUCGAGCGCAGGUGUCCCGCGCGUUCAGCGACUCGGGCCACAUGACUCCCGAGGAGGUGGAGCGUCACCUGGAGACGCGCACGGCCGUCCGCCGGCGGGACCUGGUGCCCGAGCGGGCGCCGCUCACCGUGCCCCGCCAGCUCUUCAGCACAGAGGAUGCCGAGGAGGGCCGCGAGUCGGCCGGCACCGCCAGCAAUGUCGAGGAGGAGGGACUCGUCAUCGACUUUCCAGAAUGAGAAGCCUGUGCCUUAUCGUUCUGCUGGCGGCCGCGUCUGCCGCGCCCACCGAGGAGAGGGCACGGCUCAGGGAGCUGGCUGCCGACGCCAAAAUCCUCGAGGACGACGUGAGGAAGUCUCCAGACGGCAGCUACAGCCUAGCGUUCCGGACCGACAACGGCAUAUCGCAGCAGGAGCAGGGUAUCUCGUACCCGGGCUUCCUGCAGGACUCGGGAUCCUACGUCAAGGAGGGCCGCAUCGAGUACACCCUGGACAAUGGCGUGCCCGUCGUGCUCGAGUACUUGGCCGACGAGAACGGCUUCGAGAUCCUGAACCCGGAGCAGCUGCAGCAGGUGCUACCCACGCCGCCGCCCACCGAGUACCCGCUGCCGCAGGUGCCCGGCGCCGGAAUGCCCGUGCCGGAUCCCCUGCCAGAGUUCAACGUGGGCUUCUAGGGUGACGUCAGGGAGUGGGAGCGAGAGGGGGCAGGGAGGGGAGGGAUCUGGGACUGUGUAGAUGGCGUGCAGGUCACCGGACCGGAGCUGCUGAGGUUUUGUUACAGAUGGCGUCACUGUGCAGGUCUGCCGGUCCGCAGGUUCACGACUGUGUUGGGUAAAUGUAACAGAGGCAUCUGUCAGAUCGCACUUGUACAUUAAAAAUUGGUCUUUUCUGCCAGGGAUGACCACUUGAUUCUCCUGUUUCGACUCCAUCUCGCUUAAAUCACUCGUCAGCUAUCGCUGUCAUUUGUCGCGCAUUGUCACUCGGCAUUAUCACUUGUCUCAUUAUCACUUGUCACUACGAACUGGGUCAUUUGUCUCACUGUUACCUAUCUGUCACUUGUAUCAUGCUACUGUCAAAUAUCUCGCUGUCAGCUAGCUCCAUCAUCUACCAAUGUUGACACUUGACAAUACCGGCUGCUGUGUUCGUUGAAGUUUGUUGCAUGAGCUGCGUUGUGAUUUAUGUUUGGAUCGUGCCGCUGAUUCAUUGAUGGUCUAUGCUGGAAGUGACGUUCUGCAACAGUUUGAAUGUGUUUUGUGCCUGUUUUGCCGUCCAUGAUAAUAUAUGCGUAUUCGUAUAUGAAUUGUUGAGUCCCG